AAAAAUUUGUGAACAUGGUGGCCAGGCCGAAAAUCGGCUGCUGCAGACACUUAAUUUUUGAUAGGUUAAUGUAGUGAAUUUGAACAAUUUCUAAUUUUUUGUUAUGUGUUUUCAACACAGCAGCGAUUUCGUCAAGGGGAUUAUCGUCGCAUUAUGGACCAUUAUCCAAACAUGUUUCCACGUCAUGUUUGUUUUGUGUGGGUACUAUAGUUGCCGCUUCAAACCCAGCCAGUCUUUGCUAGUCAUUUUCUAUAUUACUUAUUUUUACAAUUACGAUAAGUGUGGUCAUGUGUACCUCGACUCAGACACGAGCGUUAACCAUUUUCAUAAUGAUUCAAGACUGAUAGAUUUAGAUACAGAUCCAAAGCCAGAUGAAGACGAUCUCUAUAGAAUACUUUAUACGAUUUUAGAAAAAGGAAAUUUUCCCGCACAAUCCACAACUUACCUAAGGACACAAUUCUAUCUAUUUUUAUACAUAUUCAUUGACGGAUUUUGGAUGAUUAGUACCUUUAUACUUUUUGCUGGCAUCUGCUUCAACGUAAAAAAAACUUUAUCCUUAUUUUUCUAUGGACCAUGGUUGGUGGUUUGUGGGUUCCACGUAUUUCUAGACAUUAUUGCAGCUGUUCAUUAUGGUUUGGAUAUGUUACAGAUAAAAAACUAUACGAGUUGGUUAAAAUUCAUUGGGAUUGAAAACUACAAGGACUUCUCCAAAUUUAAUAAAUUUGAUAGUGCUGUAUAUGUACCACACAUCAGUUCUAUAGUUAUGGUGAUGUUCUUUUCAAGAUUUUUAAUUUUCUGGUUAUUAAACAUCAUGAAUUUUUUUACCAUUACCACAAAUUGCGUCUUGGCCUAUAAGGACCCAUCAAAUAUCAAAAGGUCAAAUGAAACUGGCAAAUCUUAUCGAUCAGCUGCACACAACUCCACAGAAUCAAGGAUUAGACAAUGGCAAUUGUUUUAUGGAAACGAAGAAAAUACUAGUAGUAUGAGCAGUGCUUCGGCAAAAUCGGAUAACGAUAUAAUUUCGGCGAAAACAUAAGAAUGUCUGCAAGGCACAGAAAACCAUCUCUGGACAGUCCACAACCAGUUGCAUGUGUCAGUACUACCCGAUACAGUAUCGACUCUAUGUCUUCAAAUCACAGUAGCCCGAAGGUAACUUCCAGUUAUUUAAAAUUUCCAGAUGUGAUAGAAGGAAUGGAGAACAAUCAAAGGAAAAGUAGCGUCGAUUCUAUAAAUCAUACAGUUCCGUGGUCAUAUACAAGAUUUAACGAAAAGCCUCCCACUUUUUUUGGCAAUCAUGGCGAAGCUGUUAAUAGUAAUAAAGUAAAACCAAAAUAAAAGUGAUCCUAGGAAAUUUUUGAAGUGCGGUUAUUAAAUUGUGAUUGUUUGGUGACUAGCAAAACGAAGACACUUACAUUGCUUAUUUAAGUUUAUUUUUAUAUGUUUUUUAAUAAAAUAGAUAAAUGUGUGU